CUUCACAGCAUGGCGACGAGCAAGCUAUUCACUUUAGUGCUGGUUCUGCAGCCACAGAGGGUCCUGCUGGGGAUGAAGAAGCGUGGCUUUGGGGCCGGGCGAUGGAAUGGCUUCGGAGGGAAAGUCCAGCCGGGGGAGACCAUCGAGCAGGCCGCCAGGAGGGAGCUCCAAGAGGAGUGUGGACUGACUGUGGAUUCUUUAGAAAAGACGGGCAAGAUCACCUUUGAGUUCGUAGGCAACAUGGAGCUGAUGGAAGUCCACAUCUUCCGGGCUGACAGCUUCCAGGGAGAUCCCACAGAAAGCGAAGAAAUGUGCCCACAGUGGUUUGAACUGGACCAGGUGCCCUUCAAGAGCAUGUGGCCAGAUGACACUUACUGGUUUCCCCUUCUGCUCCAGAAGAAGCGGUUCCAUGGCUAUUUUAAGUUCCAGGGGCAGGACACGAUCUUAGACUAUACCCUGAAGGAGGUGGAGAAUGUAUAAGAGGAGACUGAGAAGAACAGAGGCUGACUGGCUGAAUUUAAAUCAUAGCCCAUAUUGGGUAGAGGCAAAUGAUUACAUUUUCAUACAAAUAGCCUUUGUUAUAAACUCUUUACCAAAGGAAACAACUC